AUGGGUCGAUACGGAGCCUAUGAUCUUUACAUUGCGCCACUCGUGCGGGAUUACGCGGUGUCCCUGCCGAUGCUAGGGUUUUGGUUCGCCCUGCAAUGGAUGCUGGCGGUGCUGUACACGCGCCUCCUGGGCGACGUCUUCACAAGGCUCACGCGGCAGUUGCGCCAGGAGGUUGUUGUGCGCACAGUGAGCGCGCUGAACGGUCUACUGAUGAUUGGCGCGGCCGCCUGCUUCGUCUUCAACCUGCGCGUUCACAACUUUACGCUGGCGGAUGACUUCUACGCGGAGAUUCCUGGUUACCGCUUUUUUCGCAUCUCCAUCGUAGCCUACUUCGCCUGGGACAUCAUUGUGUGUUUUGUGUAUAGAUGGGACCUGCUGUGGAAGGUGCACGCCAUCGCGAGUUUCUUGGGGGCGUAUCUGUUGUCCUUCCCAUUCUCAGACUACCACGGCUCCUACUUUACCGGCAUGUUUGAGCUUAGCAACGCCCCGCUGCACAUUUCCACCAUUAUGCGGACCCUCGACAUCAAGGCGACCUUGCCCCUCGUGCUCGUCAUGGAGGCGCUGUUCGCGGUAAUGUUUUUCCUUAUUCGCGUGCUGGGCGGCACCAUCGUGACGCUGUCGUGGCUCAAACUGAGCUGCGCGCGGCUGGUGGAGAACUACAACGCCGGGGGGGUGCUGCUGCACGGCGAGGCCCCGGUGCUGAUUUCGAUGCUGCUCAUUGUGGUGGUGCAGCUGCUGCAGUACGUUUGGUUCGUGGAGGUGGUGAGGGAGGGAGCCCGCAUCCUCGUGCGCAUGCGGGAGGCGUGGCGGAAGCCGCGGACCGACUGA